GGGACAGUCGGGAGCGGGGCGGCCGCUCGCGCUCCUCCUUACCCCUGCGCCUCUGAACCUCGGCGCGCUCUGGCUCCGGAGCUGACAUGGGCGCCGCCGCGUGGGCACUGCUGCCCCUGCUGCUGCGUGUGUCCCUCCUGUUGCUACUUCUGCCUCUCCCGGGGCUCUCCGCGGGCUCCUGGGACCCGGCCGGUUACCUGCUGUACUGCCCCUGCAUGGGGCGCUUUGGGAACCAGGCUGAUCACUUCUUGGGCUCCCUGGCAUUUGCGAAGCUCCUAAACCGCACUUUGGCUGUUCCUCCUUGGAUUGAGUACCAGCAUCACAAGCCUCCCUUCACCAAUCUCCAUGUGUCCUACCAGAAAUAUUUCAAGCUGGAGCCCCUCCAGGCCUACCAUCGAGUCAUCAGCCUGGAGAACUUCAUGGAGAAACUGGCACCCACCCACUGGCCCCCUGAGAAGCGGGUGGCAUACUGCUUUGAGGUAGCAGCCCAACGAAGCCCCGAUAAGAAGACAUGCCCCAUGAAGGAAGGAAACCCCUUUGGCCCAUUCUGGGAUCAGUUUCAUGUGAAUUUCAACAAGUCGGAACUUUUUGCAGGCAUUUCCUUCGGUGCUUCCUACAAAGAACAAUGGAUCCAGAGGCAUGAGAAUUACUCCCCUGCUACCUUCCUCUUCACAAGGUGAAAACUGGAACCAGCUUCUAGAGAGAAACAACUUUGGUGCAGGUUGAGAAAUGAUGUCAUCCUCAUAAUUAUUGGAUGUGCUUUAUUAAUAGCACUCCAGUAGGCCCUGUUAAAAAAAAAUAGGUCAGCAGGACGUGGACAAGGCUAUGAAAUAUUUAUAGAGCGUCUGUCAUAUAUGGGACAUAGCAUUCACAGGCCAAAGAUGAUAGUAAAAAUGAGGAAUACCCAGCCCCAGUCUUCAGGGAGCUAUGGUGUAGUUAUAAUGGUAAUAACUAACAUGGUGUACUGACCCUUGAUGCUGUAACAUGACAGGAAAGAACACGGGCUGAGAAGUCAGACUUGGUUUAGGAAGUAUGAGGAACAGAUGGAUUCACGUAUAGUGAAAGGUAAAUGAUGUAGAGAAACAAACACAGACUUUAUAGUAAGACAGUCCUGAGCCCUGACCCAGCUCUGCCUCUUUCUCCAGUGCUUCUGAGCAAGCUCCCAGAGCCGAGUGUCCUCGCUGGUUUAAUGGAAAGAGCACUGACAGUAGCUGGUAGCUGCCUCCUAGUGCACAAAGCUGGUGCACAUAGUAAGCGACCCGUCAGUGUUAGCUGUCACUGUUAUUUUCCACAUGCUUUAUUGCCUUUGAGAAAUUUUAUGAAACAGGUAUUAUUAUCAAUUUCCACGUUAUAGGUGUGCAAACUGAGUUUGGUGAAGUUAAAUAACUUGCCAAGGUCAUAGCAACAUUGAGUGAGCAACUAGGAUCUGUAUGUGAAUCUCUAAUAAAUAACAAGAGCUAAUGUCUCUA